AUGUCGAUCCCGCCGAAUUACCACGGCCCGAUCAACGCGAACCCGAGCAGCGGCGAAACGACCAUCUCCAUCUUUGGCUACAUACCAUCCCGCGCAUUGGCCAGCAUCGCCGCGAUCGUGUUUGCGUUGGGUUUGUUAUGCCAUGUUGUGUAUCUGAUCCGGUGCGUUUGCGAGGGCUGGAUGGGUAGGGUCGGGUAGGGCGUGCCAGAGCUGCCGAGCUGAUCCCGAGCACCGCACGACUCGUGAUCUCGGUCAACGACGUCCCGCCCGACCAGAUUACCGGGGACGAGGUCAUUUCAGUCCUUGUUGGCGAUCGGAUGUGUAAGUGAGCCGCGGCUCUUGUAGGAUUGAUGCAAGGACUGAGCCAUCAUCUUGUGCCUCCCAUAGGCCAUGGAAGUGGGAGGGUCAGUGCUCUCCGCUGUCUCUCGUCAUCGGCCAAGACGGGCACACCGCAUCGCAGUCCCCGCGAUCACUGUCGCGGUCCACAGACCACGUUCAACCUCUGACAGCCCUGACAUACGAUCAUAUAGGUAUAUUGUCCGCAUUUUGGCGCAUCACCACCCCUUUCUGGUAUCGUUUUACGUCGCGCAAUGUGAGCACUUCCGAAGCGCGCGCUCACGUAUCGCCUCAACCAUGGUCACGUGAGCUGAACAUCCGAUCCGACUUGUCUGUCUCCAAUGUCGCAGACUUUCUCAUCGUCGUGGCCCCAUGUUGUAAGCGAAAACACUUUAACUUCAUCGACGUUAAGAACCUAAAUCUUGCCGAGACUGACCAGUGAAAUCCGCACCUCUACAGUCUUUAGUGGCGCUUUCGUGAGCUCGAGCACAUGAAGGUAUCGCGUGGUCCGCGUGCGCACUGUUCUUCUGACACCUUCAUCGGCCUUCUUCCUCACAGUAUCUUGCCCUAGGCUUGGCGAUCAAGCGGCUCCCUGUCACAUUGGCCCAUGGCCUACUUUCCUUCCCCCCCAAGAUCUUUAUCAUCAGUACGUUGAGCUCCGCUCGGCGCCACCAAAGCAGUUUUCUCGGUAGAAAACGCUCAACAUUUUCUCUCCGCAUCCUUCCCCACGAUCAUCAGUCUUAAUCAUCGCGGAUAUCGUUACAACCGCGAUCCAAAUCACCGGAGCCGCCUUGAUCGGUGCCGCCGAAUCCUCCCGCACGCCCGGUUCCGUCCCUACAGCCAUCACCUCCGCGCAAGCGAACGACAUCCUCCUCUCCGGUCUGGCGAUCCAAUCCGUCUCCUUCCUCGCCUUCAUCUACAUCCUCAGCCUCGUUGCUUACCGUUCGAACCAAGUCCGACCGCACGUCCUCCCACCUCGUUUCUCCGCAGCGUUGAUCAUUUCCUCCCUCCUCGUCUUCCUCCGAACCGUCUUCCGUCUCGCCGAAGUAGCUCAAGGCGUUUUCGGGUUCGCCAGUACGCAUGAGGUCCUUUUCGGGGUCUUGGAAUUCGCUCCCGUCGCUUUGGCGAUGAGCAUUUGGGCCGCGUUGAGUUUGGACGAGUUGUUACCUCUUGCGAGGGCGAAUCAUGAGAUUGAGAAGUGGGAUGGGAAAAGGGCGAAUUAUGGAGGAAUAGAGAUCGUCAAUACUGUCACGAAGGGGAGUUAG